CUUUGUCGUACUCGGAGCGGACAAGGGGAAAACUGUACUCGGGGUGGACUCGUCGACGGCCAUGACGUCUAGGCAACCUGCCUGCGAGCCAUGUAGAAGGUCGAAGCUUGCGUGCGAUCAUGCCCGCCCCUCAUGCUCCCGGUGCAGGCGGCAGAAGAAGGGCAGCGAAUGCGUAUACAGGGCCUCGCCGUUUCGGCGGAAGCAGCAUUCGGUUGUCCUAUCCCCAUGUCGGACGCGAUCUUCUCGCCGUGUCGUCGACGAGCCGUCCAUCUCGCCGCAGGGCGGAAGCCCAUCAGGGGAGCCCGCGCCGCCGUUAGUCCGUCAAAACAGCCGCUCCUAUCCGAAUCCCGGGUUCCUGGGACAGUCAAGUCACGUCUCCAUCUUCAGCCAGAUAUUCUCGGACCAGGACCAGGAUGGUGGCGGUUCCAAUACGGCGACGAACAGCCAUGCGCUGUCGUCGAGGCCUUCCCCACCACCGUCCAUGUCCCUGGACGAGCAUCCCCUGGCCAGGCAGGGAGCCGACAUACUCAGGCAACUACUGGAAGAGUACGAGCUGCGAGCCAUGGAAUCUCUGGUGCUCUUCUGGCGGGCCGGGGGUGUCAACCUUGCCCUCGCGGAGCCGCUUGUGGAGCUCUGCGCGUCUCACGCCAACUACACCUCGCUGUCUACCCUCCAGGGACACGGGUGGCAUCUGGCUCUCGCGUUGCGCCUCCUCGAAAAUACUUACCGGCCACUGGAGAGCGACGAGAACUCCACCAUGGCGGAUUUUUCGUCUCAGUUCUUGAGGACGCGGACGCGCUGGGAAACGCUCGGCAUAUUCUUAUCCGCCGUGCUGCGGGCCACGAUGGACAUACCGUGUUUCCCCUCGCUCUAUACGACCGAAAGCGCCAAGCGCGGCUUUCGCAACGUCCUGAUGCGGCUCAUCACGUGUGCGCUCGACAUUUGCCUGUCGCUGGACUGCCUCAACGACAUACAGCUCAUCUUUCAGUAUGAGAACUUUAUCAUCCACUCCUUUAUGAACGGCGACCAGAGUUACCAUCUCUGGCGCAGGCUGGGUGACGUUAUCUCGACGACGUUUGCGAUCGGUUAUCACGAGAGCGUGGAGAGCAGGCCGCAUACGCCACCGUUCCUCGUGGAGCUGCGGAAGACGGCGUUCGCGCGCAUAUACUCGGCCGAUAAGAACAUUUCGCUGUUCCUCGGCAGGCCCCUGCGCAUGAGCAAGCGCUUCUGCCAGUUUCAGAUCCCAGACACCCCCCCACGGGGCCCAGACGGAACGAGCGCUGUCCAUGAGUGGAACGAAGACUCGGCAAUGAGCUACAGGGCCGAGACGCGCUGGUCAGCCCUGUGCGCCUCCAUCAAGGAAGAGAUAAUGGAGCUCCUGUUCGAUCGCAGCCGCGUCGACAGCCUAGCCAAAGUCAACGCCCUCCAGGCAGUCGCAGAUACCCAGUGGGCUGCCCUACCGGCCUCGUUUCGCGCAUGGGACGCCGAGGGGCACAAGGCCGCCGAGAGCCCGUUUGCGCGUGACUUCAUGAUAAGCGUGCGGCUCAACCACCUCCACAUCUGCUUCCUGCUCCGGCGCGUCCUGCUGAGCCGCGUGACGGAGCCCGAUGGGUCCAUCCUGGCGGUGGCUCAGGAGAUGCUGCGGCUAGUCGUAGGGGCUAUUCUGUUGCGCGACGAGCUUGCCAACUCUGGCACGACGCUUGGCUGGAAGAUUGCACACUACGGGCUGCCUGCCGCCGGGAUGAUACUCGUAGCGGCGCUGGCAGCGCAGCCGGCCGUUCCCGAGUGCUUCCAAGAGUCGUAUCCGAGGAUCGUGCAGGACCUGAGCGUGCUGGGCGCCGAGCUUGAGCGGGGAACUAUUGUGAAGCCCCAGGAUCCCAAUUACGCUCUUCUGUCCAAGGCCACGCAGGCGAUCCACAAGUUCCUCGACUUUAUACAUGGCAGCAGUAGUAGCAGCGCCAGCACCGGCAGCAACGGACGGAGAGAACUGCACGCUGCACUGGCGCAGGUGCCGGGACCGGGACCGGUCGAGGACGUUUCGUGGUUUCCGCCGCAGCUGGGGCAGGAUCUAUGGGAUUCUGAGAUUGGCUUCUGGCAGGGGCUCGUUGAGCAUCCCUCGUUGUUGAAUCAAUACCUCGCGUCGCCAGGUUAA